CACUGCCACAAAACAAAUUGCCAACUCCACUUGUUCGUCGCGACCAUCUGGCGCAAUCACUCGCAUACGGAGGUCUGCGGAACGAGAAGAAAUGUGAUUGGCCCAACAAGAUGCCAAGUAUAUUCUAGGGUUCACCUUGUGCCCUCUUCGAAACGGCUACCUCGGCUUUACUACACUACCACCAAGAUGCCGUCUUAGCAGCAAACUAAAUUCGUACCAAGAAGUGGUACGUUUGCUGCGCCAACGCCUAGAUCAAGAGCUCCAAAAUGGAAGCGUGAAUGACUUCGUAGUAGGUUGCACCUGCCUCAUCCUUUUGCUCUGUUACUUUCACGGCCUCCUUUAUUCUCUGCGCUCCUUCACAAGAUUCAUAAUCUCCUCUUCUCAAUGGCACUGUAGUUAUGCAGAAACAUAGUCUCCUAAUGCGUCAUUACAGGUCAUACUCCUUCCGCCGACUUCCACGAUCUUCUGCAUUUCGCAUACUCGUCCUUCUUUAUGUCCUUUUGGACUCACUACACUGCCUUUCCUUAUACAGAUACCAAACAGCGACAACCACUGCCCCGCCCCCACCUCGCAACACGAAGCGCGUAUACAUAGCCUCCCAGCACUGGAACAAUGCGCGACUGCUCCGAGAACAUUGGAACAACGCGCUGGUAGCAUUGGUACAAGAACUAGGCAUUGAGAACGUGUUCGUAUCGAUAUACGAAAGUGGUAGCUAUGAUGACAGCAAGGCUGUGCUAGGAGAAUUGGACACGGUGCUGGAAGGCCUACAAGUCAGGAGGUCGAUACAACUGUCCGAAACAUCACACGCGGACGAGAUUGCACAGCAGCCGACGGAACAUGGAUGGGUCAAGGCACCGGACGGGAGGGAUUACAAGCGGCGUAUACCAUUUCUAGCGAACAUACGAAAUCGUGUCUUCCAGCCCUUGGAACGUCUGACGGCUGAAGGCGAGCACUUCGAUACCAUACUGUUUCUCAACGACGUGGUAUUUACACCCCAAGAUGUUCUGAGAUUGUUGGAUACAAACGGCGGAAAAUACGCGGCAGCCUGCUCGAUCGACUUCAAGAAGCCGCCGCAAUUCUACGAUACAUUCGCACUCCGAGACUCGAGCGGCCACGAGACGGUCAUACAAACCUGGCCUUAUUUCAGGUCAUACAUCUCAAGGCAUGCAGCUGAAAGAUAUUCGCCAGUACCCGUCGCCUCUUGUUGGAACGGAAUGGUUGCCAUGCCCAUCGAACCCUUCGUCGCGAGCCCUCCCCUACGCUUUCGUGGCAUCCCCGAUUCCCUCGCGUCAUCACACGUCGAAGCAUCUGAAUGCUGCCUGAUACACGCGGAUAAUCCUCUUUCCCUGACUCAAGGCGUCUUCCUCAACUCCAACGUCAGAGUCGGUUACAACGGUUCCUCGUACGAUGCCCUACACUCGCCGGAUGCCAUACUGUCUCCCUUCCAAAUCUUCCAGUCAGUAUGGUGGAGUCGUAUCAUAAGACUGAUCACAACUCCUCUGUUCAAGGAACGAAUUGUACGUACGAGGCUAGGAAAAUGGAUUGCAGAGACAAACAGCUGGGAGCGCGGCGACUUUUGUCUUGUCAACGAAAUGCAGGUCCUCGUUGAAACUGGGUGGAAACACGUGUGAAUGUGACGUUAAAAUAAAAGUUCUAUUCCGUGAACAUCUCUGCCGAUAUUCGUAUGUGCUGAUUGCCAUGAAGCUUCGCAAAUUGCGUAAAGUGGUAACAUAGACAUUUCAUGCGUCCUCAAGAAGGAUAGGAUGAAGCAUCUCUAUUCUUUAGAUGUGCGAGAUUUAGCUCCAAGAACAAGAAGAAGAGGCGGCUUCGGCAUGAACUGAAAUGCGUUGAUAAUAACUUGAUAUGUUUCUU